GCGGCGGCGCAGCGGCAGUGGGGCCGCGCGCCCUGACCAGGCCGCUUCCUCUUCCCCUGCAUCUCGGCGCCCACCGCGAUGCGGCUGCUGGUCUGCUGGCUGCUGGUGGCGCUCGCGCCCGCCGCGCGGGCCCGCGAAUGCGAGACCAUGAAGGUGCCCUUCUGCGAGAAGAUGCCGUACCAGGACACCCGGCUGCCCAACUUGUUCGGUCAUACUACGCAGGGCGAGGUGAACAAGGCGCUGGAGCCACUGCAGGACCUGCGGGACUCGGGCUGCUUCGGCCACUACUCCUUUGUCUUGUGCAGCGCGCUGGCACCGCCCUGCAUGGCUGACAUGCAGCAGCCGGCGCCGUGCCGCCACGUGUGCGAACGAGCGCGCGAGCGCUGCUACGGCCUGAUGCUCAUGUUCAACGUUACGGAGGCCUGGCCCGACUGUGACCUGCUGCCGCGCCACGGCGCCGACUCGCUCUGUCUGUCGCCCACUACGCUGACGCCCCGAGACAACUGCCACUGUCUGAAGAAGCACCAUCAGCCUAAGCCAACAACAGACCUUAUGGACAAGAAGGACUAUGACUACGCGAUCAAGGCCCGAAUGGAAGGGUUCGCGCCCUCCCACUUCCCCUCCAUCCUGAGCGUCACCGUGCUGGACAUCUUCCGUGACGGCAUCGUCGAGCAGACCAAGAACAACGUCACGUUCAUCCGCACCAACACCUCCUGCAAGUGUCCGGAGCUGGAGUCUGGGAAGGAAUAUCUGAUCAUGGGUUACGAAGACUUCGACAGGAACGAGCUGCUCUUGGGAAAGAAGAGCUACGUCGCUCCCUGGUCGGAUCAAGUGGCGCUGGAUUACGGAAACGAAGCUUCUCGAAACUACCAGGACAGUUCUUCUCGCACCUACUCCCAGAGAUACGGUAACUACGUGAGGCAUCACGGCUACAGCAUGGGCUUCCACAGGCCAUCCUUCACCACUCUGAUGAUGGCUGGCGGCGCGUAUGCCCUCUACCGCCAUUACAGCAACAAGAAGAAACUCGGCAAGGUCUAUGGAUAUCCUGGCUACGGUGGCUACGGCAGUUCGUUUGGCGCCCUCGGGGGUGGCGGCUUCGGUGCCCUGGGAAAUCCUCGCGGCAAAUACACCAACUUCAACACCGUGGGAGCAGCGCCGGCGUACGGAAACUACGGCUACAACAACUACAACAACUACAACAGUUUUGGCCGGCCCGGCUCGCAAGUGCCCUCCUAUCCGAUCACCCACAAGCCGAACUACGCGACGAGCAAGCCGGACUUCGUGAACCGCAAUCGGAAUCCCAGCUACCCGGUCACUAAAAAACCGUACAGGACGAGCAGCGGCUCCAGAAGCACCAGCAGUCGGUCCGGGAGCAGUUCUCGCAGUUCUCGCAGAAGUAGCUCCAGCCGCCGCUCUUGGGGAAGGUCCUCCCGCUCGCGGUUCGGUGGCAGGGGCGGUGGCAGGAAGGGCUGACGCGGCGGUCGGUGGCGCCGGCGCGCGCGGCCGUCCCAGUACGAUGCCGACGUCGACCCUCGCACCGUAGCCGAGGCCGAUUCCGGCCGGUCACCGGGCCGGACCCGGCGGCUCGCACUUGGCACGUGUCGUCCCGCCGCGGUCAGAUCGGCCCCGCUGGCCGAUGACCUACGGAAUCUCACCGGAUAGCCUAUCCAGCCCAGAGUCGCGAGCAUUAGCUGCAUGUUAGCUGUGCGCGUCCUGACGACGUUUAGCUCCUGAUGCCUUGAGACAUCGGUCGUAAGAUGCUUCUAUAUUUUUCCACAUGCAGCCAGGAAGUUGUCACUAAUGCACGCCAGUAUCAUAUAUAAGCGUUUUGUUCCCGUGGCCACACUCUUUCACAAUGCGUUGACGACAGUCUUUUUUCGAAAGUGAUAGCAGCCUCACUAACUAUCAAUGUUGGUGGUCGGAGAGGCAAGCUAGAGAUGGCUCACUGAAGACAGGCCGGCCUAAAACGUAUCCUGUGUAGGUGUUCUUGAGACGCAUUUAUUGUAAACCAGUACAUGGAGAAAUGUGCUUGUAGUCCAUGAAACCGUGUUAUGCAUUAACUGUUUUUUUUUUGUUUUUUUUUGGUGGUGGCAAUACAAAACUAAACAGUCAA